AUGCAAGUGGUUGACGCCGAACGCGCGCGAAAGCUUUCACUAUUCCGCCCACUAGGUUACCAAAGAAAUUCGUGUGGUUACUGCAAGUCCAAAGAUGGAAGCGCAUCGUACUACACCAGUUCCACGUCUGUACACCCGGAACAUUAUGAAGACUUAAUCAAUGGCGGUUGGCGACGAUCGGGGUCCCUCUACUAUAAGCAAAACUUACUCCAGUCUUGUUGUCCUCAUUAUACACUGAGGUUGGAGGCUGCCGACUAUCGGCCCCGCCGUGAUCAACGCAAAGCGAUUAACAAAUGGAACAAAUUCAUCCUGGGCCCGGAGUAUAUGCGCAAGGCAGCCCGGCUCUGUCCGCGCACUCGCGAAGAGAAAAAGCACCGCAAGUGCAACUUUGACGUUCUGUCAGCUGUGCACGAGAGCGAGUACGACAAUGUCAAGCGGCCUAUUGAUCCGGCCACCAAACUGCCGAUAGAGCCAGCGCAUCGUUUCGAGGUUACCAUCGAAAGCGACUCUGUGUCUCAGGCAAAGUUUGCCUUGUUUCUCAAGUAUCAGACAGCCGUCCAUAAAGAGGAUGUCUCCAGCACGAAACCCAAAGACUUCCAGCGCUUCCUGUGCACUGGUAUCAAGCGGUCUCCAAAUCCGUUAACGAACUCGAACGCCACAGAGAAGAAGCUCGGCUCAUGGCAUCAGUGUUACCGCCUUGAUGGCGAGCUCGUUGCUGUCGCAGUCCUAGACUUGCUACCGACCGGCGUCAGCUCUGUUUAUGUCUUUCACGAUCCAGCCUACGAGCAAUGGGAAUUCGGCAAGCUGAGCGCCAUGCGCGAAAUUGCAUUCUCAAUUGAGAACCAGUACAAGUACUACUACAUGGGGUAUUACAUUCACUCCUGUCAGAAGAUGCGCUACAAGGCCAACUUCCGUCCACAGUACAUCCUUGGUAUGGCCCCUAUUCCAGACCCUGAGUCCGGUGAAUGGGACCCUCUUAAUGGAGAGUUGACGGAGAAGCUUAAUACCCGUUCUUAUGUUUCACUGUCGCGAGAUAGAGCGGGUACUGCACCCGCCAUUCCAGCUGAUUCCAAAUCUGAAGAUGAGGUGUCGCUCUUUGACAUAGGUAUGCCAGGCGUUCUUACUGUUGAUCAAGUGCAGGCACUGGAUCUCGAUCACUGGUUGCUCUUUUUCAGGAACAACUUUGUUCACAUGGAGGAUUUGGUGAAAUGGGAAACUAUGUCUAUGACCGAGCCACAGUCCAUCAAGGGCAUUGUUGCUGAACUAGCUGCAGUCCUGGGCCCGAAGGUUGUCCAGAACAGCGCUGUCGACUUGUUUGGCUGA